UUUUUGUUUUUCAGGGAAGCAAUUAUAUUGUAUAACAUUUAUAAAAUUGGCAAAGAGCACAGGACAAUCCGGUAUAUAGUCCGUAGUCCAUCUGAAUACAAUCCCGAUCAGCUGCUCCUCAUGCUGACGCGAAAUUCAUGGGGGUGAGGAAGAGGAGGAGGAAGAGGAGGAGCCUGCGGAGGAGAUCCCGAGCCACCUGACUGUAAAUACGGCCGCUUUCUCCUCAUCGCUCCCCGAUACCUCGCCGUCCUCGGGCGGUAAUAUCUGGAGGUUGCGGAACGAUGAAUUCCUCCAAGCGGAGCGAAAGCGACUGGCAGGGCUUGGUGAGCGAGUUCCUGGUGUGCAAACGCAAGCUGGAGAGCAAGAAGGAGGCCUUGCUGAUCCUGUCCAAAGAGCUGGACUCCUGUCAGCAGGAGCGGGACCAGUACAAGCUGAUGGCCAACCAGCUACGGGAGCGACACCAAGGCCUCAAGAAGAAGUACCGGGAGCUCAUAGAUGGUGACCCUUCACUGCCCCCAGAAAAGCGAAAUCAGGUGAACCUGGCGCAGCUCCUGCGGGACUCCAGGGAGAAGAGCAAGCGGCUGGCGGAGGAGGUGAAGGAGCUGAGUCAGCGGCUAGCGGAGGCGCAGGGGGACAACAAGCUUCUGAGGAUGACCAUCGCCAAGCAGAGGCUGGGGGAUGAGGAGGUGGGGGCGCGACACUUCCCCGCCCAUGAGCGAGAGGACCUGGUGCAGCAGCUGGAAAGAGCACGGGAGCAGAAUGAAGAACUGGAGCAGAAUCUUAAGGCGGCGACAGAUGAGCUGCAGGACGUGAAGGCAGAGCAUGCGGUGUUUCAGGAGAAGGCUGGCCGCCUCAACCGGGAGCUCAACCACAUCCUGGGGACCCCGGAUAACCGCAUUAUCGACGUGGAUGCGCUCUGCAUGGAGAACAGGUACAUACACGAGCGGUUUAAGCAGCUCCAGGAAGAGGUCCGCCUGCUUAAAACGAACGUGAUGAAGUACAAGAGCGCCCUGGAGAGACGCAAGAACUCCAAAAUAUAUGGAAAAUCCAACAGCAGUGCUCUCACCGGGGUACUUUCUGCCAAACAAGUGCAGGAGCUUCUGCUGUCUGAGGACAAUGGCUGUAGCCUACCUGCUACUCCCCAAUCCAUCUCUGACCUCAAGUCCCUGGCCACUGCACUGCUGGAGACCAUCCAUGAGAAGAACCUGGUCAUUCAGCACCAGCGACAGACCAACAAGAUUCUGGGAAACCGUGUGGCAGAGCUGGAGAAGAAGCUGAAGACUUUGGAGAUGGCUGGUUUGUGGAGCCUCCCAGGCCUCACCUACAAUGUGUCGCUGGGAUUUGGAAGAGCAGGAAGAGGGACCGUUACCCUGAACGAGAGCGAGCUGCCCACGUCCCCUCCACCUCCACACCUGAGAGAGGCGCCCCCUGAAGAUGACAGGAUGGGAGGAAGGGAGGACUAUGUGGGCCAACAGGACACGCCCCACUGCAGCGACCCAGAGGUGUCGCCCCGUUCGCGCGUUGGCCCGGAUGGAAGCAGCGAGGAGAGUGCCCCCUACUGUACAGACCGAUCAGAAUCAGUCACUAGAGGUGGGGUCAGCGUCCCAGUGGUCAGUCUGAGGCUGGAGACGGUGGUAUCCCGUGAGGAGGGAGGAACCGCCCAGGUGGAUUCUGGGACGGAGGUGGAAAACACAGCUCAAGUUCAUGGUGAGGAAGGGUCAUCUUCUUUGGCUUCCCUUCCCCUCAACCCUUCACGGGAUGACUGUCCAGACUGCUGCCUUUCACUAGCCCCGCCCACCCACACAAGCCCCUCCCCUUCCCCCGACCACGCCCAGUAAGCACAGCUGACUGAGACCUGUGGUGCACAGCUGUCCUCUGGCCUUGAAGUCGAGCCCCAGGUCAGCACAGAUAGCUGCUCUUGCACAGAGUCGUCUGGCCCAAACCUCAGAGAUGAGCGGCAGCUCCUGCAGAGAGAACCUGGCAUAGACCAUCAUCUGGGUCCCACAUGAUGAGAUCCGGUCUUGUUGCAGACUGAGAUAAGCCAGCCUGCUUGGACUCCUCCUUUCCUGCGGCCUUGCCUGGCUGCCGGGGGUCCCUCCCCUGUUCAAUUUGAAAACCAAAAACACUGAGUAUUGUCAGCCUGUCCACUUGGCACUGAGACGCUGGGUGGUCUAAUCCAUAGUUGACCAGCAUGUUUGGGGGGGUCUGGCUGCCACUUAAAUCCUUGGGCCACAAAACGUUUACUACCUUCUAAGUUGGAGAUGUCACUUUCUAUUUCAGAUACGUAUCUGUGGUUUAAUAAAUUUAGGAUUUGUUUUCGUUAUGUUAAUAUAUAGAUCAUUUGGACUAAAUGGUCAGUGUUAUUGCUCUUGCCUGAAUAGGGCUGCUGUACUCGCUGUUUAUUGGUCACUUGCUGACAGCACAUUUCUGAAGGUUAUCCGAGGUUUUGGAUGAUGUGUCCCUUUGUGCAAAAGCUUUGCAUCCCUGUCACCUUGGUUAGAGGUACGCUACCAAAAAAGCUGCUGUCCAGUAGGGGGUGCCGGUGCUUUUCUCGAGCUGGCUGAGCCCCAGAUAGUGAUUAGGAAAGUGACAAGCUUUGUGACAACUUUGUACCGUCCGGUUUUGGAUUUGAUCCUGAGUGUAAAGUGGGGAUAUGAAUGACACCACAUCAUUGAAUGACCCUGUGUCCCGUCAUGCUUUGUCCCUGGGGGGACAUUGGGCAGCGGUUGGUGUGUGGUACUGAUAUCUGUCUGAAUGAUCUAAAAUGAUGUUUGAUAGGACUGGACUUAAGAGUCGAAAUGUACUGAAAGCGAGACACCGAGACGUAUAAAUAUUUCAGAUGCGAGGGGGUAGAAGGAAGUGUGAGACAUUGAUGUUCUUUCGCACAACCGCUUGCCGGAUUUUCUCUCUCCUGCGGGAGAAAACAUCUUCCUGUUUUAUCCUCUGCAUCUCUCCAUAUUAGACAGUGGAGCUGCUGAAAGGAGAAGCUCAGCCGUUUAGACUUUGUUGCGUUUCGUGGCUGAUAAACGUGGGACCUUUUCGAGUCCGUAUCCGACUGAAUCUGCAGCUGUGAGAACAGCCAUUUCCUGCAGCCAAUGUCCUGAAGGUCAGCUCGGCUCCCUGUGCCUGUGUGGUUUGGUACAUCUGUGGACCAUUGUCACCUGAUUCUUUGAGAGACACAGUAUGAAGUGGUUCAGGGUGUGGGGUGUUUUUGGUUAUUUUUUGAGGUCUUUGGAGAAGUACUCAGGUAGGUCUUGGUACUAGAAUGAUUUGAUAAAAUGCAGUAAAUUGGAAAACCUCUGUCAAAAUGUAACGGCUGGACAGAAUAGUUCUCAAACAAACAGAGGAAUGGAAAAUGUUCAGUGAGCUGUAAUCUUUGUUUUUUUUCAAGGUGUUUAGUCUCUUUGUUUACUAUUCAUCUACAGGAAGUUCAUGUUGCUUAGCAGGAAUGUUUGCUUUGACCGUCUUUCUGGAACAGUGAUGUUCUAUCGAUCUCAUUUCAUUUCUGCUGGUUUUUUUUUUUUUUUGUAUUAAGUUUUCAGCCAAAGAAGGCAUUAGGUCUUGUGUGGACGAGGAUAUCUUAUGAGUUCGGCUGCGGGAGAGAACUUCCGAGAGACUGAACUGGAUUUUCUUGUCCGGUAGUCUGAAACGUCACGUGUCGCCUAGAGCCGCUGCCGUAGGAGUGGAAUUUGGUGACAUGCAAUCGCGUGCAUGACUCUUUUUCUGCAUUCUGUAAUUACUUGUCUGUGGGUGUAGUCUUUCUUUGCAUCUCUUUAAGGCAGCUCUCUCAUGCAGAGAUGAGGUAGUACUUUUAGCCUGGAACAAAAAAAAAAAAAACCUCCAGUUCUGUUACUGCCUGCAUAUUUUUGGUAUGGGGGGAAAAAACUGCACAAAAUGAAUAUAUUUCUUGUGGGGAUAAACCUUUGAAUUAAAAGAGAAGUGGUGUCAUGCACAGCCAGUCUUGGCUUUUUGACUCCUUGGAUUUUCCUUUAGAUGAGCAUUCUCGCUGUGACAUACCAUUAUGGAAUGUGUCAUUACGAAAUAGUGCUACCCAUGAUGCACCUGCACUAACAAAAUGAUUAGAAACAUUACUCUUUUUAUCAUUUAUUUUGUAUUACUAUUACUACUGUGUCAUUACUAGAAUUCAUUUAACAGUAUUCUUUAAUAGGUAAAAAUUACUAUAUGUGUAUAUAUAUAUAUAUAUAUGUAUGUAGGUCUACCCAUAACCCAUUAUAACGUUCGCAAACAACAUCUGAUUACAGGUAUAAUAUACUUAUAAAAAGCAAUAAAACAGGCUGUCACUUACAAUUGAAACUGAAAUGGAAAUGGCUGGGAGAACAUCCCCCCCCCCCCCCCCCCC